CAGGAGGGACCAGCAUUCCCCACACCAACACAGAGAAGUGCGACACACUGAAGGAAGAGGACUUGAUAUCACUACCCUGCCUGACAACAUGACCCGCAUAGUGGACUCCCAGCGGUACUACAAAUGGCAGAGCUUUGGUCCAGCAGACAGACGAACGGAGGAAUUGUGGGUAAAUCUGAACAGCCUUCACAAGAGCCAAGUCCAGAUCCACGGCAUACUGUCCAACGCACAUCGACAAGCAGCGAGGGUGGCGCUGUCUUUUGAUUUCCCUUUUUAUGGACACCACUUGAGACAAAUUAUCAUAGCGACAGGGGGAUUCAUCUUUAUGGGAGAUAUUACUCAUCGGAUGCUGACUGCCACGCAGUACAUCGCUCCCCUCAUGGCCAACUUUGACCCCAGCUAUGCCAAAAACUCAACAGUGAGAUACUCGGACAACGGUAAUGUAUUUGUGGUGCAGUGGGACAGCGUGUCGCUUAAGGACCGAGAGGCCGAAGGACCUUUUACUUUCCAGGCAGUCCUCAACAAAAACGGAACCAUUGUGUUCAACUACAGAGAUAUCCCUAUACCAGUGGAGAAAAUGAAUUCCACUGAGCAUCCAGUAAAAGUGGGACUGUCCGAUGCUUUCAUGGCACUCCCUCCCCCCUUGCAGGUCUCAGAAGCGCAGCGCCGUACUAUCUAUGAGUAUCACCGUGUUGAGAUGAACAUCACAAAGAUCGUAGGGAGAUCUGCUUUUGAGUUCACGCCUCUGCCCACCUGUCUCCAACACACAUCCUGUGAUCUCUGCAUAACAUCCAACAUGACAACCGGCUGUGGCUGGUGCAACACACUUCAACGAUGUUCCGACGGUAUCGACCGACACAGGCAAGAGUGGUUAGAUUAUAACUGCCCUGAAGAGGCAAAAGGCUCAUGUGAGGACUACAUCCCGGUACUACCUGAGGGAUCCAUGAGCUCCUACAACCAGUCCUCUCCAGGUCCAACACCUUCUUCAGCGGAGAUGGAAGGGCAACCGGUCACUAGAGAUUUACAGUCGAGUCCACCCCACCAUACGGGGAUAACGGAGAACACGGCUAUCAUAGCGGGUGUAGUGGCAGCACUGGUGGUGCUUGUAGUUCUGACCUUACUGGCCGUGUACUACAUCAACACACACCCCACCGUGGCCCCACCCUUCUACCUCAUGCAGCGACGCACCAAUAACUACUGGCCCUCCAUGACGUUCCGCAACCAGGGCUGUCACUCCAGCUACGCCGAGGUGGAGCUAGGGGGUCAUGAAAAGGAAGGCUUCAUCGAAGCCGAGCAGUGCUGCUAAGAGUCCUGGACUUGCAGGACUAGAAGAAAGGACGACAUCUUGAGGAUUUCAAAGAUAUUACAGGGGGAUGAAUAUGGACGAUAAGGCCGACCAUCGACAGUCCCUACUUCAAACUCUGCACCUGGACAGGGUUUUCUGUAACUGCUCUUGUAGCUUUGCCAGUUUUCUCUGUGUGUUUUACUCUUUGCCAUCACACAGGGGAUCUGUCAUAUUACUCAAGGGUUUAGGGUCUGAUAGAAAGCCGACUGUACGAAAUGAUGAGAUGCGGAUGUCAGGGAAUAAAUCAAACUAGCCUUCAUACUGCAAACCAACAUACAGUUCAACAUAACAAUGUGUUUUUUUUGUGUCAUUCAGUAAAUGAAGUUACUUUUGUUUCUUGAAUCUUCCACGCGACCAACUGGUUGGUUCAUAUCAUGUUAUAUCUCUGUGGAAUUCACUAUAACAGAUAUUUAGCUAUGUAACGGAUAGUGUUUAUAAUGUCAUCUUGAAGUUCUCUGGAAAUAUUGUUUGGAUGAAUUUUAGAAGCAUCAAGUUAUGAGGGUUUUCUUUUAAUGUUUCUGUUUAAUUGUCUUCCAAUAAAAACUGAUGGUGAGUGUUGACAUGAAUCUCAUGCUUGGUGUAGAUUUGAAAAAGAAAUGGUACCAUUUUGGCCUAUAUUAGAACAGGAUUGCUGAGAAAAAUGUGACAUAUGCUGGUCAUUGUCAAGUGAGUGCCAUCAGGAAACAAUUUAUUUAAUUGGUAUGAAAGAGCUCUAAAUGCUCUCGCUCAUUGUAAAUAUACUAACAAACUAAUCAACAUUGUUUUUGCUCACAUUAACACUGGCAUCUAAUUCAAUUUGCCAACUAACUUUUGAAUAAAACAAAUGUCCGAUCACAAGUGAGGUAUUGAUGAUUAAAAUGAUUGCAAACAUUUAUCCUAAACUGAA